CCGCCGCACGCUCUGCACCUGCCCGGCGCGCCCCUCUCGUCCGGACUACAUUUCCCAGGGGGCACCGGGCUCCCCUCACCACCCGAUUGGCGGAGCCCACCGGAAGGGGCGGAGCCUCGAAGGGAACGGGCCGGUGGCGGUUGCUCUGGGGCUGGCUGGAUCCUCUCGGCCCAAUGGCUGCUCUGAAGUACGCGGGGCUGGAGGACACGGACAGCGAGGAGGAGCUGCCGCCCGGCUGGGAGGAGCGGACCACCAAGGACGGCUGGGUUUAUUAUGCUAAUCAUCUUGAAGAGAAAACCCAAUGGGAGCAUCCUAAAUCUGGAAAGAGAAAACGCAUUGCAGGAGAUCUGCCAUAUGGGUGGGAGCAAGAAACAGAUGAAAACGGACAAGUCUACUUUGUGGACCAUAUAAACAAAAGGACUACGUACCUUGACCCCAGACUGGCAUUUACAGUUGAAGAUAAUCCAGUGAAGUCUACGACUAGACAGAGAUAUGAUGGAAACAGUACUGCAAUGGAAAUCCUUCAGGGUCGUGAUUUGAGUGAAAAAGUGGUUAUAAUCACUGGAGCAAAUUCUGGAAUAGGGUUUGAAACUGCAAAGUCUCUUGCACUCCAUGGUGCCUAUGUCAUUCUUGCCUGCAGAAAUAUGUCGAGAGCCAAUGAAGCUGUGCAACGCAUCCUAGAGGAAUGGCAUAAAGCCAAGGUAGAAGCUAUGACCUUAGACCUUGCUUCUCUUCACAGUGUGCAGCACUUUGCUGAAGCAUUCAAAUCCAAGAAUGUGCCACUCCAUAUGCUGAUCUGCAAUGCUGCUGUUUUUGCUGCUCCAUGGUCCUUGACAGAAGAUGACCUAGAGGCCACCUUCCAGGUGAAUCACCUGGGGCAUUUUUACCUUGUCCAACUUCUUGAAGACAUUCUACGCCACUCAUCUCCAGCAAGAGUUGUGAUGGUUUCAUCAGAAUCACACAGAUUUUCAGAAAUUAAAGAUUCCUCAGGAAAGCUUGACUUCAGCCUGCUUUCUCCAUCUAAGAAAGAGUUCUGGGCUAUGGUGGCCUACAACCGUUCCAAGCUUUGCAAUAUAUUGUUCUCCAAUGAGCUAAACCGCCACCUUUCUCCCCACGGGGUGACUUCUAAUGCAGUGCAUCCUGGAAAUAUGAUCUACUCAUCCAUUCAUCGCAACUGGUGGGUGUAUACCCUGCUGUUUACCUUGGCUCGGCCUUUCACCAAAUCCAUGCAACAAGGAGCUGCCACAACUGUCUACUGUGCCACCGCUCCAGAGCUGGAGGGCCUGGGAGGAAUGUACUUCAACAACUGCUGUCGCUGUUUGCCAUCACAAGAGGCCCAGAAUGAAGUGACGGCUGCAGCCUUGUGGGAGCUAAGCGAGAGACUGAUCCAAGAACGAAUUGGCAGGCAGUCCAAAUAA